CUUGUCUAUGUUUACAAAGUGACUUUACUAUUAUCAAAAUAUUUCAUAAUUUCGACCAUAUAUUACAGAAUUGUUAAGUUCUGCAGGAAUCUAGCGAAAAGAUUCCGAAAUGUAUGCACGCGAUCUACGAAUAGUGAUAACCAGACACUUGAUAUGACUAAAGUCCUUAUAAUAGCGAGGAGUCCAACUUGUACUAUUGGCGAUAAAUUAAAAAUGGGCUCAACGACCACCGUGAUUCUUCGUGAAUGUGCAAUAAUGAGAUCUGCAUCUGCAGCUUCCACUCCGACUAUAUCGUGUAGAAAUCGAUAUGAUCGAAAGCAAAAAACAAUGCGUCGAUGAAGAAAAAGAUUCGGACAGUUGAGAGAAGUUUAAUCAAAACUUACAAGUCAACGCGAAAGACUAACAAUAGAAUUUGAAGAAAGACUUUAAAAUUCAGAAUGGAAGAGAAAGAUAAAGAUCCGACAUUUCUUAAUGGAUCUACUUAUAUCUUGACUUUGGAAUUUGAAGUGUCCCUGAAAAGAAAAAAUGAUACAUCAGUAGUUGACAAGGGACAAUUAGAAUUCUGCAAGUCCACGAAGAAAAUUAAGCCAUCUUCCUUUAAAGGCAAAUGUUCAAAAUCAUGUACGAAGUAUAGAGAAAACAGCUCAAAUAGACCUCAAACGUCAGAUAAACCGCAAAUGUUGCGUGAAUCAUCUUAUCGUCAAAAGAAGCCCGAGACAAAGCCCACGGGGGAAAUGCCACUGUUCGCACAACUAAAAACGAAAAUGAAAGAAACGUCGAGGAAGUUUCAGAGCACCUUGCCAUUUUUUAAAAAGACAACGAAGCGUACCAUAGCGAGAGUGAGGUCCUUGUAUGUCGGCUCCAGGCCAAAGCGAGCAUUGGGAUUCAAGUGCGACCUGAAAAAAUGCAGCAGUACGUUAAUGGAAUGCAGCGCGGGGGCUUGCAGAAAAAAGAGCAUGAUUUUUGUUGCAUCUAAUCAACCGUGCAGUUCGAAAAUGGUCGAUUCUAACGUCAGUGACACUUCGACAGUAUCGAGCACAAGUGAAAAUAGUUCCAAUGAAGAUUCCAUUAUCAUGGAUGAAGAGGAGGAGGAUUCGCGCAACUGA